AAGCAAACUAAUAAAAAAUCCUUGGCUUCCCUUAGCCUUAGGUCAUCACGCAUGCAGGUUGCUAGCCAUGCAUAAUGUACAUGCUUACUACCGUGGAGCCAUGGGUAUCUUGCUUGUGUAUGAUGUCACUGACGAGUCAUCUUUCAAUAAUAUCAGGAACUGGAUCCGUAACAUUGAACAACAUGCCUCUGACAAUGUGAACAAGAUUCUGGUGGGUAAUAAGGCUGAUAUGGAUGAAAGCAAAAGGGCUGUUCCCACCUCAAAGGGCCAAGCUCUUGCUGAUGAAUAUGGCAUCAAAUUCUUUGAAACUAGUGCAAAGACAAACUUAAAUGUUGAGGAGGUUUUCUUUUCCAUAGCUAGGGAUAUCAAGCAAAGACUUGUAGAUAGUGACUCAAAAGCUGAGCCGUCGACAAUCAAAAUUAAUCAACCAGCUCAGGCAGGAGGGGCAGCUCAAGCUGCUCAAAAGUCUGCUUGCUGCGGUUCUUAAGCAAACCAUGUCAAGGAUGUCAUCUUAAGACAACAUUCUCAAAGGAGCCAUCGUGGUCGAAAACUAAUUUUUGUUACAGUUAUAUUCCUGUUUGUAUCGUUCUACCUCAUUAUUUCAUAUCUGCUACACUUUGGGUGUGAAUGUUAGACCCUUCGUAUUGUCGAAAUUAAUUAUAGUAGAUUAUUUUUCUUUAAACCUUUUCUUGUGCGCUUAAUUGGAAAUAAACAUUAUGAUGGUCG